CCUGGGACAGGAACAGUGCCUGAAGCAGGUCCACCAUGCCGUUAGUAACGAGGAACAUUGAGCCAAGGCACCUGUGCCGUCAGACGUUGCCUAGCGUUCGAAGCGAGCUGGAAUGCAUGACCAACAUCACCCUGGCAAAUGUCAUUCGACAGCUGGGCAGCCUGAGUAAAUUUGCAGAAGACAUAUUUGGAGAGUUGUUUACUCAAGCCAACACCUUUGCCUCUCGGGUGAGCGUUCUAGUGGAGAGAGUUGACCGCUUGCAAGUCAAAGUCACUCAGCUGGAUCCCAAAGAGGAAGAAGUCUCCCUGCAAGGCAUUAACACCAGGAAGGCCUUCAAAAGCUCCACUACUCAGGACCAGAAGCUCUUCGACAGAGAUUCUCUCCCUGUGCCUGUCCUUGAAACCUAUAGGACCUGCAAUACUCCUCCACCUCUCAACAUUCUCUCGCCUUACAGGGAUGAUGGCAAAGAGGCUCUUAAAUUCUACACAGAUCCUUCAUAUUUCUUUGACCUUUGGAAAGAGAAAAUGCUUCAGGACACCAAGGAUAUUAUGAAAGAGAAGCGGAAACAUAGGAAAGAGAAAAAGGAGAAUCCGAACCGAGGAAAUGUGAAUCCGCGGAAAAUCAAGACCCGGAAAGAAGAGUGGGAGAAGCUGAAAAUGGGACAAGAAUUUGUUGAGUCAAAGGACAAACACGGUCCUGCUGGGUACCCCUCUAACAUGGUAUAUCAGAACGGCAGCAUCGGUUCAAACGAAAGCAUGGACGUGAACUGCUACCCGCCACCGCCGCAGACUGACUCUAUUGUGCCACCACCUCCUUCAUUCCCAGAUGACAGCCUGCCUCCACCCCCGGUGGAAUUUAGCUAUCCUGUAGACAACCAAAGAGGUUCUGGUUCUGGAGGGACCAAACGAUCCAGCUUGGUUAGCCCAAGUCACCCACCACCAGCUCCUCCCAUCGGAUCCCCUACAGCAGCCAGGCCGGGCUUCGCUCCCCCUCCGGCACCACCUCCACCACCACCGCUGAUGGGAAGCAGUCCCCCUCCACCACCUCCCAUGGGCUUCCCAUCCCCGGGAACCCCACCACCACCCUCGCCCCCUUCUUUCCCUCCUCACCCCGAGUUUGCUGCCCCACCACCGCCACCGCCUCCUCCAGCAGUCGAAUAUGCCAGCGUGCUCCCACCUCCGCUGCCGCAGACGGGCAGUGGGAGUGCACCGCCUCCCCCUCCACCACCGCCUCCUCCUGGCCCACCGCCUCUGUCUUCCAGCGGCCUGGAUGGUCCCCCGCCCCCUCCUCCACCCUCAGACACCUCCGCCUCCAAGCCCAAGUCAUCCUUGCCUGCAGUUAGCGAUGCCAGGAGUGAUCUACUUUCAGCUAUUCGUCAAGGCUUCCAGCUCCGCAAGGUGGAGGAGCAGCGAGAACAGGAGAAACGGGACGUUGUGGGCAAUGAUGUGGCAACGAUCCUGUCACGCCGCAUCGCUGUGGAGUACAGCGACUCUGAGGACGACUCUUCGGAGUUCGAUGAGGACGAAUGGUCGGAUUAGCCGUGGUCCUGUCCCUUUCUUCCCCUUCUCUCCUGGGUUAACAUCUUCUCAAAGAAUCAGGUGGCCAAACCUUCCACCACUUCCUCUUUCAUCCCAUAACCAAAGAUGUGCCAAGGGUUUUCAGACAACCAGCAGCAUAUCUCCCCUCUCCCUCCCCCUCCGGCUUUGGCAGGACUUUGUGCUCUGCCUUUCCAAAAGGUCUCCUCACGGACGCUGAGGAUGCGGUGUUGGGAUUUAGCUGGAGGGGUUGUAACGGUUGCUUAUUUAAAAGAGAGCUAAACCUCCAGAUUCUCGAUGCCACCAGGCAGAGCACAUAUAAACCCUCCAUCCUGAGGGAUUUUUAAAGUAAAGAUGGAUGAUCCUGUUGCGGCCGCGUGGCCUUUCAGAUGAAGGACAUUUUCAGCUAGUUUUCUCAUUGCAACAGCAGACAGUUGAUCUGAUGGCUCUUCCUUUCCAGUGAAUACUGGCAGUGCUGCAAGAAAAUGGGCUUUAAAUGUCUGUUCUCUGCUGCGUCCCACUGUCAAAUAAUCAGUUUUUGGCAACAGUGCACAAUUCUUUCCCCUCUGACCCCCUAGUAUUAUUUCCAGACUACCCUGUGUGGGGUGCGCUUCCUGGCUCUGGGGCCGUGGAGUGCAUUGGGUGCAAUGUGA